AUGUUACCCAAUUCUCGUAUCAUUCCACCUAAUAACAACCUUAAUAAUACAAACAAAAACGUGCGUGCAAGAUCAAAUUCUGCCGUUAAUGACAGUUCAGUGAAAAAGGGGUUCAUGUCUCGGCUGCUGACCAGCCCAACGGGCAGCAGCAGUAGCCCCAAAGAAUACAAUACAAAUUCAGUGAAUAGUAGACCCAAGUAUGAGUCAGUGUUGGGCAUACAAACAAAGGAUGAUUAUGCAGCUUGGGGCACACCCCGCAUUACCCCCUCGGAUCAAAAGGCUGCGAAGCCGUCGAGUGGUUUUGGCAAGCUGUUUAAGAAAAAGGCAAAGACAAACGACGAGAAUGAGAAUUUAUUCGAGGAUGACCAACCUAAAGUUAGGCCCAUUCACGGCAACAGCAGCAGAAAACACACCAAAAUACCAUUAGCGCCGCCACCAAAUUACCCAAGAACAAGAGCUAUUUCACAGCCUAAUCAGCAGCAAUUCCUAACCAAUUUGCCAGAUCAAUAUCUAGCAAAGCGUCCACAGACACCAUCAUUGACCACUGUCACUGAUAAGCGACAGCAGCCGUUUGCAUCCACGCCUCCAGCAAUGACGCAUGCUGCUGCUGUUGAAGAGACUAUAGCUGCAGAUUGUAAAGCGCCUGAAAUCAGUCUCAUGAAUAAGAGAUCUUCCUCAGCGCUCUCCAACAGAAAGUCAUCGGGAUCUUACUCUAUAUACUCGACGUUUGGAGGGAACGAAUCCGAAUAUUCUAUUGAAGAACCCAAGGCUCGUUCAGUUACACCGCCUGUACCUGUUCCCGCUAUCGCUACCAACACAAAUGACAGCAAAAGACGGGAGACUGCCAGACAUUCAAGUACUGCAGAGAGUGAUAAUUCCUUUACUACUGUACAUGAACAGCAUCAAGGGGCGGAGCAAGAACCAGAGGAUGAGGAAGAAGACAAUCAGAGCGAGACCAUUACAGAGGAUAGUAGCGAAACCACAGAUGACGAAUUUGUGGAUGCUACAGGCUUCUCUCAAGAGGACAUGGAAAGGGAAAAGAGGAUGACGCUUGAAAAGAACUUGUCAAAACGUCUUAGUGGAGGUCAUUUCGGUAGUGCAGGUGGCCUGGUGCUCAGUAUCAACCACUCCUCUGACGAGUUUGGCUCUGCUGGUAGUACACCCCUACCUCUACCCACUGCUACUAAGCGUAAAAGCCAAAAGAUACCCGAAGAUGAUGAACUAGCACAAUCUUUGCUGAAUUGGAAGCGCCAUAGUGACAGUAGCAAGCGCUGGAGCAUGCGUAAUAGCUCAAGUACGACUGCCACAGCCACCACUACCACCGUAAUGGAAGACACAGGAGACAAGCAUUCCAGCACAAUUACUGUCAUAGAUAUGCGAUCGACAUCAAAUAACACACUACCACAUGGUAGUACCGAGGAGACGACUACAAGCAAGAAGGCGGCAGCAGAGAAGGAGGAAGAAGAGGAGGAGCUGUCAGUACCCGAUAAGCUCGCUUUGAGAAAGGAGGCCGAAGAAGCACUGACUGGAGCCAAUACCCCACCUGCAACCAAAACGACCUUUGUCAAGGUGAUUGAUAGCAGCAGCAUCCCUAAAGCGCCUAUUGCGCCUACAACAUCACUGCCAUUGCCACCAGUGCCAAAGCAAAACACCCUUUUAAGAACGUUAUCUGCUGCAGAGACCAGGUCAGAGCCGCAUUAUUCAAGCAGCGAAUUUUCCAAGACUUUGGACGAUGUGUGGAAGACAUCUGACGAUACACUACACCUAUUUGAUGAUGACAGAACACGACAGCUGCAAACAUCCAUUCAAAUUAGAAUUGCAGAUCAUGAUGCUGAUCCAUCUAUAGCAGAGAAUCCGCCAAAAGAGGAGGAAGCAGCUGUGGACGAUCAUAUCAAGGAAACAGCCAAGUCGCUGUGGAAUGAGGACGAAACAGUGGUUGUCAAGGAGAGAAUGGCCGAAUGGCUGGGCCAAGGCAAACCUUUUGAGAAUGCAGUGCUUCAUCAAUACAUGCAAUUCUUUGUGUUUACAGAGAUGCGGCUGGAUAGCGCGUUCAGAAACCUGUGCAGUAAGCUGUACUUCAAGGCUGAAGCCCAACAAAUCGAUCGUAUUCUCGAGUCAUUCGCCAAUCGCUACUGGGAUUGCAAUCCAGAGUGUUUAUUUGGCAGUGCAGAUGUGGUGUACGCUGUAGUUUAUUCGUUGCUGUUACUCAAUACAGAUCUCCACGUUGCUCAAGGAAAUCAUGCUAGAAUGACACGUUCUGAAUUUAUUCGUAACACAAUGUCCACUGUGCGUGACCAAAGAGACCAUGAGGAACUCAUGGGACACAAGAAAAGAUCUGCGCUUUCAAGACGAAAUUGGGAAUCAGAGCUUGAAUACUACCUCAAGGAAAUGUACACCUCUGUCAAGAACUAUCAAAUCUUGCAACCUCUUUCACGAAAGUCUAGUCUGAGUAAGAGAGGCAGCAUACUAGGUAAUCGACGCGUCAUUGGCUUAAAGCGUAGCGUCAAUUCUAUUAUUCGAAAAUCAGGCAGAGAAAGUAUGCUUGUGCUGGACGGCUAUGAUCAAGUGCCAUCAGGGUCCAUGUCUCCUCCACCGUCUGUUCCGCCUAGAUCAAGCAUAAGCUCUGGUUAUACUCGCCCAUUAACACCGUCCUCCAUGAAGUCGCCUCGCAGAGAGUCAUUUUCAUCCACAAACUCUAGCGCUGCUUCCUUCAGCUCAAGAUGCGGUUCUCCUACUAUGAUACCUCAACAACAGCAACAGCAUGCACAACAGCCCAUGAUGCAAUAUCUCAAUUCACAUGCUUCAUCCCUCUUUUCGAGCAGGCCUCCCUAUUACAAAGAAGGUGUUGUCAUGCGCAAACAUUUGCUUGAAAAUGCAAAUCAUAAAGCUCGCCAUCGAGAAUGGCGUGAGUGCUAUUUGGAGAUACAAGAUGGCGAAUUACGCAUGUAUGCACUUCAGCCCAGUCAGAGUCAACUAGGCGAUAAGAAUCUGUUUCGUCAUUCGAGUGCUGCUCAUUUCAACUUGGCUGAUAUCAACAACAACAAUCGAUUGUCAAGCCGACCAUCCAGUCCUGCAUCAUUUGGCGGUGUAUUACCAAGCAAUAGUAGCAGCAACAGCAACAACAAAUGGGGCAUGCAUUCACAGCUUGUUGGAAAGAUUGCAUUGAAUCAUACACUGUCGAAUCCUCUGCCACCGCCUGGUUACAACAGACAACGGCCACAUGUAUUUGCCAUUCAGCAGUCAGAUGGUGGCGUAUAUCUCUUCCAAGUGUCCAAUGCAGAGCAGGCGCAUGAAUGGGUCUCUACCUGUAAUUACUGGGCUGCUCGAGAAAGCAAAGAGCCAUUGCCUGGUGGUGUCGGUAACAUGGAGUAUGGCUGGGGUGCCUGUCUCAGCGAUGUGAUUAUGGAUCUAGAUGCUGCUCGCAAAGGCUACGAUCAGAAAGUCAAUUACUUUUCGACGCAAGAUCCUGAUUCUAUCAUGAUUAAUGACUGGAUGCCGCCAACAGCCACUAUGGUGUCCAGUCAAUUGAAUGAAAAGGAGCAAUACGAGGUUUUACAAAAGCAUCUGGUGGAUUUGAAUGAGGAGAUUAAUCAACACCGAGAUAUUAAGAGUAAAAUAAUGAUCAAGUUUCCUACCAAGUGCAAUAAUUAUCCAAAGGUGAUUUCAAAUUGGGAAGCAAGGUCAAAAUAUCUGCUGCACGAUAUUAUCAAGUAUCAAAACUAUUGCGACUCUUUAGAGAAAAGCAUUCAGUUGCAGCAAGAUUUUAUUGAAGACGACCUGGACAUAGACGAAGAUAAGGUAUCAACGGCUGGUUCGUUUUCGUCGAUGUCUACCAAGAACAAGUUGGAAUAUCAAACACACACAAUGGAUCUGUUUGACGAAAUCAAUCAAGAACUUUCUUUGAAUUUGUAA